CCGAGUUUUUCUUUUAUUCUUGGUUUCUGAGUUUUUCUUCAACUAGAGAUUAUGGAAUCCAAGAAUACAGUUCAGGAAAAGAUCAAUCCAGAUCGCUGGAUUAUUCAGGUAAGGGAUAAUCUGCAGAUAGAGGAGGAAGAACAAGAAGAGUUAUCUCUCUGUGUGUUCAAUGUGCCCAAGGACCUGUUGGCAGCUAAGCCGGAAGCAUACACUCCGCAGUGUGUUUCCAUUGGGCCAUAUCACCAUUGGAGAUCCGAGCUGAAUGAAAUGGAGAGAUACAAGCUCGCUGCUGCUCGGGCAUUCCAGAAAAGAAUUGAUGGUCACAGGUUCGAGUCCAUCGUCAAGGAGGUACGAAACUACGAGCGCCGAAUUCGGAGCUGCUAUCACAAAUACCUCGAAUACAAUGGCGAAGCGCUGGCAUGGCUCAUGGCUUUGGACGCCUGUUUUGCUCUCGAGUGCUUGCAAUUUUUGGGCAAGCGGACUUACCAAGAUUCAUCAGAAGGAACUCAGGUGCCAAAAUGUUUAGAUCCAUUCGGCAGAAGCGCUACCCACAACGCCAUAAUGAGAGACCUGACGAUGCUGGAAAAUCAGUUGCCGCUGUUUCUCUUGCAGAAGCUGAUGGAGAUCCAGCUGGGCUCGAAGGACAUGGCAGAAGAGAGGCUCUGCAUUCUGGUAAGACUUGCUUGUAUAGAGUUUUCUCCAUUUUUGUUCAACGUGCCCGAUAGCUCAAGGCUGCGUAUAACAGAGAGGAGUCACAUACUGGAGGCGCUCUAUUUCUCUCUUUUCAUUUCUCCCUGGAAAUGUGAUCUUAUCGGGAAGGGCGAUGGGGAGGAACAGCGGCCUUCGCUCGAUCGAAAAAGAGUGGCACAAGAACACAGCUCUCUAUGGAAGGCUUUUAGUUCGUUGGACAUCGGUCCCAUUCGAGAAUUUAGGAAGCGUGUGCUGAGACAGAGGGUAAUCCAAUUUCUGAUAAAGUUGCCCCUCCGCCUCCUGUCUGUUCUGGGCAAGCUGCCAGUGCUGCGCCUGUUUAAGGAACCCUUAACUUCACUUUUUGGAUCCAAUGAAGCAGAGAAGGAAGGUGAACGAAGCUCCUCUGUGGAGACUCCACCUACACGAGACGAGCUGGCCGUUCCGUGUGUCGCCGAUUUGUCUUCUGCGGGAGUGAAGUUCCUUCCCACUGAUGGAGACCUUACCACAAUUCGCUUCGAUCAGGCUAGUGCCACUCUUUAUCUGCCAAAAAUGAGGUUGGACUCAAACACAGAAGUGAUUAUCCGAAAUCUUGUGGCUUUCGAAGCUUCGGUGGUGCCCAGUGACCUGAGCUUCAUUCGCUACGCCGAUUUCAUGAACGGCAUCAUCGACACCGACGAAGAUGUUCGAGUGCUGAGAGAGAGCGGAAUCAUUUACAAUCACCUGGAGAACGACGGGAAAGUGGCGAGUCUCUGGAAUGGUAUGGGGAAAUGUGUGAAAUUGUCAAAAAAUAAGUGCUUAGACAAAGUUAUUGCAGACAUGAAUAGGUAUUAUAAGCGGACAUGGAGCGUGGCCGUGGUGGAAUACAUGAAGAAAUACAUAUUUGGUUCAUGGCCGUGUCUGUCUUUACUGGCUGCGAUCAUACUGUUGCUUCUCACAUGUUUGGAAGCAUUCUGCUCCAUAUAUAACUGUAAACGCUGGAUGAAGGACACGAAUUUGUUUCAGGAGUAAUGGCGGAAGAAUUGUCAUACACUUCAUGCCCUGUGAAUAACUUGUUACGGAGAAAAGCUAUUACUAUUGAUAUGUCUGUGCUGUGUUGGCACGGGCUUUAUAUGUGUUGCUUUCUGUAAAUGAAUUAAAAUCGAAAUGUUCAUGUGUUUUCAUCUGCUCUACGAUAGGGAUUUUGAUGAGCAAAGAAAAUAUUUUUGCAUUAUUAAAUUAAUAAUUCAAUAAAAGCGUUAUAGUACACGGUAAGCUUACA